CUGAGGAUGAGGAACGAAGUUAGUAUCGAGCACACCUGCACGCUGAGCGCAGGCGUAGUUACCGUCAUACCGUGAAAAUUGCGCGCGAUUCGCGCACUCGAAACUGCAGCGCCCCCACUUCUGACCGUUACCGUAGAAUUGGACAUUCGCUGUCCACUCGGAUAGUGACUGUGUUCUAACUGGACAAGCUGCUGGAAAGAAUCGCGACGUUCCGCAAAAACGAUCUCUACCAGAUAUUGCAACUAAAAAUCAAGUGAUUGAUACGGGCCUAUACAUUACAUUUUUAAGACAGCACAAAAAAUGGCUCUAAUUCUACAAUAUAUUAAUGAUAUGCACAUUUUUAUGGAUAAAUAUGGAGAUCCUCGGACAAAUCCAUGGUUCCUGAUGAGUUCCCCAUUUCCUACAUUGUUAAUAUGUCUAAGUUAUAUUUAUCUAGUCAAGGUUGUUGGACCACGUUUUAUGGAAAACAGAAAGCCAUACGAAUUAAAAAAUGUUUUAAUAGUGUAUAACUUUUUACAAGUUAUAUUCAGUGCAUGGCUAUUCUAUGAGAGCUUGAUGGGAGGCUGGCUGAAUCAUUACAGCUUACGAUGCCAACCUGUGGACUACUCUGACAAUCCUAUUGCUACUAGAAUGGUACAUGCAUGUUGGUGGUACUACUUCUCAAAGUUCACUGAAUUCUUCGAUACGAUCUUCUUUGUCUUAAGAAAGAAAUUCGAUCACGUAUCGACAUUACACGUAAUUCAUCAUGGAGUGAUGCCAAUGUCGGUGUGGUUCGGAGUGAAGUUCACUCCGGGCGGUCACUCUACGUUCUUCGGCCUCCUGAAUACGUUUGUACACAUCGUUAUGUACUCGUACUACAUGUUGGCAGCCAUGGGACCACAACUCAGGCCGUACCUGUGGUGGAAGAAAUACCUCACAACAUUGCAGAUGGUGCAGUUCGUUGGAAUAAUGGUGCACGCCUUCCAACUGCUUUUCAUCGACUGCGACUACCCGCGUGCCUUCGUUUGGUGGAUCGGCAUGCACGCUGUUAUGUUCUUCUUCCUCUUCAAAGACUUCUACAACCAGUCCUAUUCCAAACCUAAGGUGCGCGCGAGGUCGCCGCAGCCGCAGACGACGGAGCUGGACGAGGACGUGAAUAUGUACAAGAACGGUGCGCUCAAGAAUGGCUUCAGCAACGGACACACGAACGGGCUGGUGCGGGCGCGCACCGUGCUGCCGGCGGGCAACUGACCGACCGCUCGCCGACACUUUUGUAACUGACCGCCCGCGCGCCCGCCCGGACACCGCUCGCCGACACUUUAGUAACUGAGGCCGCGCCGUCGCCGGACGCCAUCUCCUGACUUUAUUUUUGUAACCACUGACGUUUUUGUAGCCUGUUUAUAUGAGAAAUUUAAAAGACAUAGUAUUUAAUAUUGAAUCGACUGAACGAACGGGAACUAUACACUUUUUUUAUUUUAAAUCGAAACUGUUUCGAUUUAUUUCCUCGUCUGCGCCGAGCGCUUUGUUGGUAAUGAAUUUUGUGGGAAGACGGACAAUUUAGACUAAUAAUACUGACUUACUUGAGAUAUGUAUGGAUAAGUGGGUCUGACGUAAUGUGGACCUUCCGGGCAAAGGUGUUGGAAAGAGGUGCAGUGAAACGCAUCUCUGAUCCGUUUUAGUGUUAAAUGUGAUUUAUCUAGUGUAUAUAAAGUUAAGCGGUAUCGAUGGUGUACAUUUUAUUUUAUUGAUACAAAGUUUAGCUAGAAGUCGUGAUCGCAUAGCGUUUUGUACUGGUAUUAAUUUUUAAUAUUUUGCUUUUAGUUUAGCUCCGGAAAGCAAUUUUUAUCAAAUUUACUGUUUGUAUAAAGUCGGUCUGUUAUCGUUUUAAUUUCCACAUAAAACACAUCCUGCUGCAGAAACAAAUUGUCAAUUAUUUAAAAUAAUUUUAUGAAAUUUUAUUCUUAUUGAUGCGAUAUUUCCAAUGUUAUAAAUGUUAUUAAAUUAAAUUUUAUAAAAUUUUAUUAUGUUGAAACAACAAAAAAAACUUGUGAUGAACUAGGAACAUCCUUUUUUAUUGUAAAUUUUAUGUACAUAUAAAUAAAAAUAAGCAGAUACAGAUUAUCAAUUGUAACUAAAGUAUAAAAUAUAUAUGAAUGUUUGCAUACAACUUUAUCUAAUCAACAUCUCAAUCAUGCCAUGGUCAACCUUUGAAGAACUGGCUAGACCAUACAAAAUGAAAUGCUUUUGCUUACACUUAGAUGGUUGUGUUGGUUAUUUAUUUUGUUUAAUUUUAUUUAUAUACCAAAUACAUGUGUGUACAUGUCCCAAUGUCGCUGCAAACUUAAUAUUAUAUUAAUUAAUUAUACAAUUACCAUGAGGGUACAAAAUUAUGUUAAUUGUUAGUUAAGCAAGUUAAAGCAAUGCUGUAAUUAAAAAGGUUUCUGGGAUAUUAUGGCAGAUUGGGGCCUUAUGCAUACUACUGUUUCACGUUGUGAAAAUAUGCUUAUUACUACGUAAUAUAAACGCAUUUGUUUCACUACAUGUUACAAAGAGGAAGGUUUAAACAUAACAACAGGUUUUUGUAGCAAUAACCAUUAAUGUUCAUAUUUAGUCUUCCGUUUUUGUUUUGUACUUAUCUGAAAUUAGGUGCUUUGCAUUCUCCAUACAACUCUUAUAAUUAGCAGGUACAAGCUAAGCUCGCCAUUUUUUGUAAAUAUAAACUUUGUUUCAUUAGUGAUAUUAAAAUCCGUUUAUGUAAUAUUGCAAUUUUUAUACAAAAUGCAAAUAAAUUAUAAGAUAAAUUUU